AUGGCUCCUGGUGAAAACCAGAGCAGUGGUGUGACAGAGUUCAUUCUGGCAGGUGUCCCAAAUCUCAACAGCACAAAAGAAGAAUUGUUUUCUGUCUUCCUUCUUGUCUAUCUGCUGACUCUAACAGGCAAUGUGUUGAUUGUUGGGGUAGUAGGAGCUGAUGCUCGCCUGCAGACUCCCAUGUACUUCUUUCUGGGUAACCUGUCCUGCCUAGAGAUCCUGCUCACUUCAGUCAUCAUUCCCAAGAUGCUGAGCAAUUUUCUCUCAAGGCAACACACCAUUUCCUUUGCUGCAUGUAUUACCCAAUUCUAUUUCUACUUCUUUCUUGGGGCCUCUGAGUUCUUGCUGCUGGCUGUCAUGUCUGUGGAUCGCUACCUGGCUAUCUGUCACCCUCUGCACUACCCCUUGCUCAUGAAUGGUACUGUGUGCUUUCGGGUGGCCUUGGCCUGCUGGAUGGGAGGACUCCUCCCUGUGCUUGGCCCCACAGUUGCUGUGGCCUUGCUUCCUUUCUGUGAACAAGAUGCUGUGGUGCAGCACUUCUUCUGUGACAGUGGGCCACUGCUCCGCUUGGCAUGCACCAAUACCAAGAAGCUGGAGGAAACAGACUUUGUCCUGGCCUCUCUCGUUAUUGUAUCCUCACUGAUGAUUACUGCUGUGUCCUAUGGCCACAUAGUCCUGGCUGUUUUGCGCAUCCCCUCUGCUUCAGGCCGUCAGAAGGCCUUCUCUACCUGUACUUCCCACUUGAUGGUGGUGACCCUCUUCUAUGGCAGUGCCAUUUUUCUCUAUGUGCGGCCAUCACAGAGUGGCUCUGUGGAUACUAAUUGGGCAGUGACAUUGGUAACAACAUUUGUGACACCGCUGCUGAAUCCAUUCAUCUAUGCCUUGCGCAAUGAGCGAGUCAAGGAAGUGUUGAAGGAUAUGUUUAGGAAGGUGGUAGCAGGCUUUUGGGAGGAUCUUUUACUUGCUAAGAGUUUUAACAAAAAAAAUAAUGAGGUGAAGGUGAAGGGGGCAGCGGCUUCCGCGGCGCCUCCACGCUGCGUCAGGAAUCGGAGCAGACCCGGGGAGGGGUCGUCGAGUCGGCGCGGCUGGGACGUGAGCCGGAAGGCAGCCGAGGCCCUCAGGAGACUUCCACUUUCCUCUCCCCGAGGCCACCAGAGCGGGGAGAACAAUGAAGGUUCUCACUGGCAUCCGGUGCAGGGGCUGAGAGACGACGGAAGAGGGAGCUCCUGGCAGCUGGGUCGCACAAGCUACCGAAGUCGGCAGCAAAGACCAGAGGGCACCAAGAAGUCUCUCGGAAAGGUCAAAGGUGUGGCUUCUACACCCUACAUCACUGGAGGCAGAGGAGUCAAAUACUGGCGCCAGCCCCUUUGGCUGGAGUCUGUGACUUCUAAGAAACUUCACUUCGUGUUUUCACACUUUUUGAGAAUCUUCAACAAAAAGCCUGAUCAGGGCGUUGACCUUGGCCUCACCAAUGUCAUUCAGCUUCUUCACAGCCUGUUUGAUCUGGUGCUUGUUGGUCUUGACAUCCACAAGGAACAUGAGUGCAUUGUUGUCUUUUAUCUUCUUCAGUUCAUGGUUGACUCAGUAGUCUUGAUUAUGGCAUAG